AUGAAAACGGUGAACGUUGAAGGGGCAACGAUUAGUGACGAAUUACCUUACUCUGAAACUCGCGAUAUAGUUUUACCUAACCAGACCGAUUAUGUUUCUCAGAUAGCAGUUGAUAUCGGUGGUUCUCUAGCCAAGGUCGUUUAUUUCUCAAGGAAGCCAAACUCGUCAAAGGGAGGUCGUCUGAAUUUCGUAAAAUUCGAAACUGAAAGGAUAGAUGAGUGUAUGGAUUUCAUCGCAAAUCUCGUAUCCAGGAGACACUCGCAAGCUCCUGAAUUGAGAGAGAGAGUUGUUAUAAAGGCUACCGGUGGUGGGGCACACAAGUAUUAUGACAGUUUUACCAAGAAAUUGAAAGAUGUGACAGUGGAAAAGGAGGAUGAGAUGAAUUGUCUGAUAACCGGCUUGAAUUUUUUGAUUGCUGAAAUUCCUUAUGAAGUAUUCACUUACAGCGAAAACGAUCCCAUGUGUUUCGAAGAUACAUUGUCAUCAAACAUGUUUCCGUACAUGCUAGUUAACAUCGGUUCUGGUGUCAGUAUACUGAAAGUGACCGGCCCAGAUAAAUUUGAACGUAUUUCUGGUACUUCGCUAGGUGGAGGUACCUUAUGGGGUCUCUUGUCGCUAUUAACGAAGGCCAAAUCAUUUGACGAAAUGCUGGAGAUGAGCAAACGCGGUGACAACACCAAUGUGGAUAUGUUAGUUGGGGACAUUUACGGAACGGAUUACAGUAAGAUCGGACUGAAGUCCACUACAAUUGCUUCUUCCAUGGGUAAGGUCUUUAAAAAGAAUGUGGAGCAGGACGUGGGUAAAUUCCGUGGUGAAGACAUUUCCAAGUCAUUGUUAUUUAUGGUUAGUAAUAAUAUUGGUCAAAUCGCGUAUUUAAAUGCCCAAGCUCAUGGGAUAAAGAAAAUUUACUUUGGAGGUUGCUUUAUCAGAGGUCACCCCAUCACGAUGAACACCUUAUCUUACGCUAUAAAUUUUUGGUCGCAAGGCGCGAUCAGAGCUCUCUUUCUCCGUCACGAAGGAUACCUGGGUGCUGUCGGUGCUUUUCUUAAGCACCGGACCAGACAACGUGCAUAUUCCUUCUCUGAGAUUCUCACAUUUCCUCAAAUGAUCACGGAAGAAUCUGUCAAUGCGUACGGGAUUCUGGAAAGUACGCCGACCAAGUUGGUGGCGUUUCCAAAACUUGCUAACCUGAACAAUUAUAACCCAGACACAUUGACGCUGACAGAUUCAGUCUCUCAGCACCAUUGGAUUGAUGUCUUAGAGAAAAACCUUCACAAUUUGGUUGAACUUGCCAUAGAAUGGAGUUCUAAUGGCGAUGACGAGAAACAGGAUGUUCAUACCCGCGCUUCAUCAUUUGACACCUUAUUCCGGAGCCAUCUUACACGAUUGCGGGAUCAUCCAACCAUGUAUGGUGCGCUAACCAUUCGAAGCUUGCUGAACCUUAGAGAGCAAUGUCUGCACGAAAUUGGUUUCCCCGAUAUUUUUGUUAAAGUCAAGGCGGCUGAGAAUGAAGCGGCCCUACGAGAUUUAAAAGAUAUCUUCGAAAAGGUAGACUCCGUUCAGGAGGUGGAAGACAAGAUCGAUUUAUUAAUAGAAAACAUAUUGGCAGGUAACAUGUUUGAUUGGGGUUCUAGGCAAAUUUCGGAGAUGAUGAGGAAAGGUCAACUCACCUUCGAAUUAGCCAAGACGAAGGUGAAAAAACCCGAGCAUCUAAAUAAAAUGCGACAAUUUACUGAACGUUUGACAAGUAAAACAAAACCACCGUUCAAAAAGGCUGUCCUAUUCGCCGACAAUUCUGGUGCGGAUAUUGUGUUGGGUAUAAUCCCUUUCGCCAGAUUUUUGGUUUCAAUGGGUACGGACGUUAUCCUUGCCGUCAACAGCCUCCCUGCUGUGAAUGAUGUCACA